AUGGACGCCUACUCGUGCUUUUCUCUGCACGAGGUCGAUGGACUUUCCAACGACACAACAAUACGCGGUUUCAACAAAAUCCGAUGGCGCUUCCCAUCACAUAAGCACAAGCCACAGCCAGAAAGACCCACCACGGAAGGGGGUUUCGAGACGGAGUACGAGCAAGAUCUACUUGCUGAGUUUAAGGAACUCAUCGACCUUGACGUACACAGAUGGGUCGGCAUGGUCCAAUGGUUCGAUGGCAUGCCGUUUGGCGUCGCUGGGGACUCGGGGGCAUUAGAUGCCAUCGAAAAUUCUGUAAAGAUCCCAUUGGGGUUACAUAUUGGAUCGCCGCAUGAGAGCAUUCUGGAAAACACAAGUAUGUUCUUGUGUCUAGACGCAUACUUCCUGGAGGCACGUCUGCUGGGGCUCCGCUUGGAGUGUGCUUCUGAGGAGGACGAGGAGUCAGAGGAGUCAGAGGACGACACAUGA